AUGUCGACGACUAUAGUAUUAGGAUCCCAAUGGGGAGAUGAGGGGAAGGGGAAGCUUGUAGACAUAUUGUGUGCAGACGCGAAGUUGUGCUGCCGAGCCCAGGGCGGCCACAAUGCAGGCCACACCAUUGUCCACGGGGACAAGACGUUUGACGUCCACAUCCUCCCAUCCGGCGUAUGCAGUCCGGGUUGCAUGAACCUGAUCGGCAACGGCUGCGUCGUCCACGUCCCGACCUUCUUCAAGGAAAUCGCAGCGCUGAAACAGCACGGCAUCGACCUGGUCGAUCGCUUGUUCAUCAGCGACCGCGCCCAUGUGAUCUUAGACCUGCACACCAUCAUCGAUCGGCUGCAAGAGGGCGAGCGCGGCAAGAAACCCGUCGGCACCACCGGAAAAGGCAUCGGCCCGACCUACAGCUCCAAAGCGACGCGCUCCGGGAUCCGCAUCUCUGACAUCUUCGAGAAAGGCGUUCUGGAAGCCAAGAUCCACCGUCUCGCGGAUGGCAACAAGAAGCGCUUCGGCGAGCUGCUGGACUACAGCGUGGAGAAGGAGAUCGCCUAUUUCGACGAGAUCCGCGAGCAGCUCCGCCCGUAUAUCGUCGACCAGGUGCCCCUCAUCAAGAGCGUGAAAGAGGGGAAGAUCCCCGUGUUGGUGGAGGGCGCGAACGCGCUGAUGCUGGAUUUGGAUUCCGGGACGUAUCCAUUCGUCACGUCGUCGAAUACCGGGCUGGGCGGUGUGCUCACGUCGCUGACUGUCGGGUGGAGAUCCAUCAAGGAGGUCAUCGGCGUGGUCAAAGCAUACACGACUCGCGUUGGAUCCGGGCCAUUCCCGACGGAGCAAAUCAACGAGAUUGGCGACUGGUUGCAGUCGGUCGGACGAGAAGUGGGAGUCACCACCGGCCGAAGACGGAGAUGCGGCUGGCUGGAUCUGGUAGUGUUGAAGUAUUCACACGAAUGCAAUGAUUACACCUCCAUCAAUCUGACCAAGCUCGACAUCCUCGAUGACUUUGAGGAAAUCAAGAUCGGUGUUGCGUACAAGCACCAAGGGCAUGAGCUCCCCUCGUUCCCGGCGGACGCCGCGGUUGCCGAGCAGGUCGAAGUCGAUUACGUGACGAUGCCCGGUUGGAAGACGUCGACGAAAGGCGCCAGGACCUAUGGGGAGUUGCCGGAGAACGCGAGGCGGUACAUCGAGUUCAUCGAGCAGCAGGUGGGGGUGAAGGUCAAGUACAUCGGUACCGGGCCUGGGCGGGAGAGCAUGAUCGUCCGAUAG